AUGGUAGUGGCGUCGGGCUACUUCUCACACGAAGAGGACGAUCCGCUGCCAUCAGACCGGGACGAUUGGUGGAGUUCUGCCAAAAGGAGCAACUCCCCCUUAUAUUGGGACCUAGAGAUUCUCAACAGAGGCAAGGAGCCUACCUUCGUCACGGCAGUGAGAAGGGAGGUUCUGGACCUAACUAUCUGUUCAAGACAAAUAGCGCGGGAGGUGACCGGCUGGAGGGUCUCUGACGAGCCCUCAUUGUCGGAUCACAGACAGAUCACCUUCAGGUUGGCUCAAGUGCAAACGAAGGUAAGAACAGUGAGGGACCCGAGGAAGACGGACUGGGACUCGUUUCGAGAGGACCUGGCUGUCGGUCUCAGGGAGUUUCCAAAAGACAUGGGACCCCUCAAGAGAUCGAGCUGUGCGUCGAGCAUCUGCAGAGGGCUCUCGUCGGCAGCUUUGAGAACAAAUGCCCAGAAAGGACAGGCCAGGAACACGGGCCGCCAGGCUGACUGGGACCUUCAUCGAAGGGCUCAGAAGGCCUAUAGAGACUCUGUGAUAAGGGCUAAAAAGGAGAGCUGGAGGAGAUUCUGCGAGUCGGUGGAGGGGAUACCUGAAGCCGCUAGGCUCGGCAGAGUCUUAGCCAGGGAUCGGAACGCGGCUCUGGAAGCCAUUCGGCUCGACGAUGGAACAAUGGCGUCUGGAGAGCGAUGCCUGAAUCACUUGCUGGAGUCGAACUUUCCGGGCUUCCGCGGAGGCCCGGAGGAAGAUGUCCACCAGGGAAACCCAAAUCUCCGUAGGGUACGAGAAGAGGACUGGUCUCUUGCGGCAAAAAUCGUUGGGCCGGACAAGGUCAAAUGGGCCGUAGGAGGUUUUCAGGCCCUUUAA